AUGCAGCUCUUGGCACCCCUCAUUCUCUGCCUGGGCCUCUGGGCAGGACUCAGCGCUGCUGUCAUCCCAGUGGAGGAGGAGAAUCCAUCCUUCUGGAACGAGCAGGCGGCUGCAGCCAUUGAGGCCACCUUCAAGAUCCAGGCCAGGACAAACCAAGCCAAAAACCUCAUCAUCUUCCUCGGGGAUGGAUUUGGGAUCCCCACCAUCACGGCCACCCGCAUCCUAAAGGGGCAGCAGCAGGGGAAGCUGGGCCCCGAGACCCCCCUUGCCGUGGACGCUUUCCCCUAUGUGGCUCUCUCCAAGACGUACAACGUGGCCCGGCAGGUCCCCGACAGCGCGGGGACGGCCACAGCCUACCUCUGCGGGGUGAAGGGCAACUACCAGACGGUGGGGCUGAGCGCGGCCGCCCGCUACUCGCAGUGCAACACCACGAAGGGCAACGAGGUGGUCUCGGUGCUGGAGCGAGCCCGCAAAGCCGGGAAAGCGGUGGGCAUCGUGACGACGACGCGGGUGCAGCACGCGUCGCCCUCGGGGACCUACGCCCACGUGGUGAAUCGCAACUGGUACGCGGAUGCUGACAUGCCCAAGGAUGCCCUCAGCCAGGGCUGCAAGGACAUCGCCUGGCAGCUGGUCCACAAUGUCGACAUCAACGUGAUCUUGGGGGGCGGUCGGAAAUACAUGACCCCCCUGGGGACGCCGGACCCCAAACAUCCCGCACGCCGGGCCUGGCAGGCACUGGGAUGCGUGCGGGUGCUGAGGCUGUCCCCAACGUGUUCCCUCCCAGGUCUGUUUGAACCCGCAGACAUGAAGUACGACCUGCUGCGUAACACCAGCCUGGACCCGUCGCUCACCGAGAUGACGGAGGCGGCCAUCACCAUCCUGAGCAGGAACCCCAACGGCUUCUACCUCUUUGUGGAAGGCGGCAGGAUUGACCACGGCCACCACGAUGGUGCAGCCCAUUACGCGCUGACGGAUGCGGUGGCGUUUGACGAGGCCAUCGAGCGGGCGGGUGCACUGACAGAUGAGGCACAGACCCUCACCGUCGUCACCGCCGACCACUCGCAUGUCUUCUCCUUCGGUGGCUACACCCUGCGUGGCACCUCCAUCUUCGGUCUGGCCCCAAGCAAAGCUGCUGAUGACAAGAACUAUACGUCCAUCCUCUAUGGGAACGGGCCGGGCUACGUGGGCGUCAACCGGACCGACUUGGAUGAGGACACAGCCAUGCAGCUCGACUACAAGCAGGAAGCGGCCGUGCCCCUCACCUCGGAGACCCACGGCGGCGAGGACGUGGCCAUCCUGGCCAAGGGCCCCAUGGCUCAGCUCUUCCACGGGGUGCAGGAGCAGACCUACGUGGCCCACGCCAUGGCCUAUGCCGCCUGUCUGGCGCCCUACACCGCCGCG